AUGACGACUCCUAUCGGCGAAACCUCCCUUCAAACCCUUCUCUCAACCCUUACCACCGUCCUCCACCCGGAAACCUACGUCUUCGUCACCCUCCCCGCGGAUGCCCCACUACCGCCCCUCUCUGAGAUCCAACUACUAUUUCGAGAGUCCGAAGGCGUCACACUCAUCACCACACUCGACACGGCGACAGCCCGUAAGUGGGACUAUGCAUUCCCGUCAAAGAUGAUUACGCUCAACGUGCACUCGAGUCUCGAGGCUGUGGGGUUCAUGGCGGUCAUUGCGACGAGAUUGGCGACCAAGGGGAUGGGGGUCAAUCCUGUUAGUGGAUACUAUCAUGAUCAUUUGUUUGUUCCUGUUGGUAGAGAGGAGGAGGCUGUAGCAGAGUUGAAGGAGCUUGCUCUGGAGUCUGGAAAGGGGAAAUGA